AUAAAAAACGUACAAUUAAUAGUUUUAAAACUUAGAAGGUUUCUUGAUAGAUAGGAGCAAUGGCAGGGACAGUUGUGUUGAGAUGCAGUAGUAAUAGUAGCGUGACCAAGGUUAGGACAUGGAAAAAAUGUUGUUCGAAGCAGAUAAAGGAGCAAAGAGCUCGUCUUUACAUCAUCUGGAAGUGUGCCGUCUUUCUUCUCUCUUCCCAUGAUUGAUCCAUCGAUGUCUAUAUGAUAUAAUCAUAUCUCUUCUCCUUCACCACCAAUUCCUCUCUUCUUGGUUAUGUAUUUUAGCUCAGUUCCAAACUAACUAGUGUAUUAAAACGGUAAAAUAGUGUAUUGUGGUCAUAAUAUUAUUAUACCAUCAUUUGAUUAUAGAAAUAGUUGUAUAUUUUGCUAACUGUUAGUUUUUGUAAUUUUAAAAUUGUUGUAAGAACAAAAUACCAAAUAUAUAGCUGUGUGCAAAUAAUAAGUUGAUCAUCA